GCAUGUCCUCAGACGUGCAGCUGUGUGAUGAAGCGGAUCAACUAACGGCCAGCGACCAGGACGAAAGAAAACGGUAGCCCCUGGAGCAUAACAGCUUGAGAACAGAUUAGUGGCAAGUCCAAACCCAGAUUCCAACCACGUAGAGAAACACAACCAAGACCAAAUGCAAUGGAUGUGUUCAAUUUCACCUACUGGAAUGCCUCUGAAGGCAAUAAUACAAACUCAGUGGAUGAAAAUGGAAGCCCCUACAAGACUGUAGAGGUGGUGUUCAUUGUGCUGGUGGCUGGCUCUCUCAGUUUGGUCACCGUCAUCGGAAACAUACUGGUCAUGCUCUCCAUUAAAGUGAAUAGGAAUCUUCAGACAGUCAACAACUACUUUUUAUUCAGCUUAGCAUGCGCUGACCUAAUCAUUGGACUGUGCUCUAUGAACUUGUACACAAUCUACAUUGUCAUUGGCUACUGGCCCUUAGGGCCCGUGGUGUGUGACCUGUGGCUAGCCCUGGACUAUGUCGUCAGCAAUGCGUCCGUCAUGAAUCUUCUCAUCAUCAGCUUUGACAGAUACUUCUGUGUCACCAAACCUCUCAGCUACCCUGUCAAGAGGACCACCAAGAUGGCAGGGAUGAUGAUUGCCGCCGCCUGGGUCCUGUCCUUCAUCCUCUGGGCGCCGGCCAUCCUCUUCUGGCAGUUCAUUGUAGGUGGGCGGACAGUGCCUGAGAGGGAGUGCUACAUACAGUUCUUCUCCAAUGCCGCCGUCACCUUCGGCACUGCCAUCGCAGCUUUCUACCUGCCAGUCAUCAUCAUGAUUGUGCUCUACUGUCGGAUCUCCAAAGCCAGCAAGAGCCGGGUGAAGAGAGGCAACCGGAACCUCUCCAAGGCCAAUCAGGGGGCUGUGCCCCCCAACCAGGCCCAGAGCCACACCCCCAAACCCCACAACAACAACGUGGCCCUGGAGGAGACGGAGCGCGCUCAGACCCAGACCACCGACGGCGAGCCCAACCAGCACGACGGCGGCAAGCUGCAGAACGGGAAGGGCCCGUCCCCGGCGGGCGGGGGCGAGGGUGAGACGGAGGGAGAGGAGGGAACGAAGGAGAACUGCACCCCGGGGGAGGAGAAGGAGAGCUCCAACGACUCCACGUCCGGCAGCGCGGCGGCGUCCAAUCCGAAGGACGAAGAGGCGGAGCCUUCCCGGGCCAACUGCAGCGCUGAGCCCACCCAGCUGGCGCCGCGUCAGCGGGCCAAAGCAGGCGGCUCCAAACUCACCUGCAUCAAGAUAAAGACCAAGUCGCCCAAGGGAGACUGCUACACGCCUUCCAACGCCACGGUGGAGAUCGUCCCUGCCACCGAGAAGCAGGACCAUGUGGCCAGGAAGAUUGUGAAGAUGACCAAACAGCCUCCCAAGAAGAAGAAAGCAGCGCCGUCUCGGGAAAAGAAGGUGACCCGUACCAUCAUGGCCAUCUUGGUGGCCUUCGUGGCCACCUGGACUCCCUACAACGUGAUGGUGCUGAUCAACACCUUCUGCUCCAGCUGCAUUCCCAACACGGUGUGGACUAUCGGCUACUGGCUCUGCUACAUCAACAGCACCAUCAACCCCGCUUGCUACGCCCUCUGCAAUGUCACUUUCAAAAAGACAUUCAAACAUCUUCUUCUUUGCCAGUACAAAAACAUUAGGUCAGCUAGAUGAAUGUGUGUGUGUGUGCGUGCUUGUGUGGGUUGAUGUGUAUGUGUGUGACAAAGUAUGACAGUUUGAUUCCUUAGUUUUUACAUAUUUUUCUUCUCUAUGACCUGUUGUAGCACUUUACACAAGCUUAACUGCAGCCAGUUUUGUUGAGAUACGUUGCAGAUUUUUUUAAACAGUGCAGAAAGGAAAGGAAUAAACUGCUGUUGGCCACAAAAACAUUUGAUUUACAUGAGAAAUAAUUAAUAUCUACAACACUGAGACAUCAUUGCAACAGUUUUCAAUAAAUCUCUUUGCUGAGUCUCUUAAGAGAAUACACAUCACGGCAAUGUUGAAAUGAGAUACACCAUAAGUGAAACAGAGGACGGUGUGUGAUGCAACUGUUGAGACAUGAGUCUGACAGCGAACUGCACAAGAGAACAAAUAGACUGACAAUGAAGCAGACAGCUGGAUAGAAAGUUCUGCACUGUGUAAAAUACAUAACAAAUUCAAAGGGAAAAUAGGGCUGACUGAAUUUACAAACGUCAAGUUUGCAGUUCAGUGUAAAAAGAUCCCUGUAUAUAACUGUGUAUAGAAACAUACUUGAGUGCGUGCUUGUGUGUUUGUUUGUGAGAAUGAACAGUUUGCUCUCAGUUGCCUGUAUUUGCGUGUCUGUUAGGGCAUGAGCGUAAGGGUAAAUAAUCAAUUUAAAUGAAGAUGGCCGCCAGUAACAAUGACUCAAGGACAUAUUUCAUGUUGCAAUCUGUUUCUGUUCUCCACUGGCGUGUGUUGGCGUGAUUCAAUAUAGAACAGCUUGCCUAAAUUGCCUCUGGCAGGUCCACACAAUCACAUACUAUAGUUAGGAUCUCCUGAGAUGGAAUAGAAGGGCCCCUCAAAUCGUACCAUGGACCUAACUCCAUGCCAGACCCCCAUAGUAUAUCAAGCAUAAUUAGGUUUUAAAACGAUUGAACAUAUAGAUUGAUUUGAGCUCUGUAGUGCACAGUAGAACAUGCUGUACAUUAGCCAAUGGAACACAAACAGCAAGAGUUGCACAAGGGUAAAUGGAGAAAAAACUUCGAAAAGGGAUUGUUCAUUCACGUUCUCUGGUUUGCCAGUUUUUAGCACCGUCAUUUGAUUUCUUAACAAUACACCACACCAGUUGUUUUAUUCUUGCGAUAAUUGCUGUUGAGAUAUUUACGGCCGUGCUGUCGUCAUGUCCACUGAUCUUAAGAGCCCUCUGACUCGUUCUGAAAGCGACCAGGUUGUAGAGCGCAUAGUGGCAGUUCCUGUCAGGAAAGGCUCUUGUGGCACAGCAGUGUGGGAGACAGAUGAGAGGGUAGUUUCUUGGACACAGACGACUGUCUCCAUCCUGUUGAUACGUGGUUUAUGGUACAUCGUGUACCGGUUUACAUCAUAGUGAGCGUGUGUGUGUGUGUGUGUGUCUGUGUGUGUGGUGCGAGCGUUACGGUUAUUUGUUCGGGAACCUUAAGGGGUUGCCAGAUUGGUUCGUCAUUGGGGGAUCUCUCUGUGAGCGCGCAAGAGCCGUCGUGGUGCGUGUCGGUGCCUCUGUACGAGGCUUACUUUGAAUCGCAGGCUCUGGCCUUGUGAUUUAUAAGGGCUAUUUUCAUGUUGUUACAUCACAUUCAUAAUUCAUAAUCCAUGCUGUGAAUCAUAGAAUGAAGUGAAUGCAUAGACAAAAAAAAUUGAGAUCAGUUUUGUAGGUGCAUUAUAUCAUAUUUAAUGUUCUGGUUCUGUAUAAUUACAGUAUUAGGAUUACAAUGACAAGCACAUAAUCAUGUUUGUGUCGACAAAUACACAGGGCACAUAUUACAUUAACACGGAAUGCUAACCCUCAAACCAAGUCUCUGUUUUCUGGCAUGUAUGUAUUUCAAUUGAAGUGAUGAAUAUAAAAGCAGUAAUUGGAUGCUAGCCAGUCUGUGCGGCAUAACAGGAUAUGACGCCAUCAUAGAGCAGUCCCUUGACACAUGUCUCCUUAAAGAGAAAGAUCUGGGACAGGUCCAUUAUGGAACUCACUAUGGGGCUGAUCAGAUUAUGAUAUGAUGUGGAACACCUACAUAGGAGAUUGAAGAUUGGCCAUUAUACGCUUGGUUUAUACAGGACGCCCUUCUUACUUAGUGUCCCACCCCCCUUCCCAUCCUCUUAUGUGUGACUGUCCCUGUACCACGGCAUUGUUUCCAUGGGAAUGUUAACAUAGCCAACACUGUGUUCAUAUUUACUAGUGUCUCUCGCUCUGUUCCUGCUCUCUCUCUUUCUCUCUCACCUCUCCUCUGUCUUUCCGUUUCUUUUCUUUCUGUCUUUCUUGAUUUCAUUUUUUUCUCUGUCUCUUUAUUUUUCUCUUCUUUAUAAACAGCACUCCUUCUCUCAAAAUAUAUUUCUAGAUGGAAUUCAGACUCAAACUUUUUCCUGCCCUUAAAUAUGACUUAAAAAAAGAGGAGAGGUUGAUUGAAACCUCAACCAUCAUGAUUGAAAUAAAAAUGUUAGCCACUGGACACUUGGCAUCACUGCGGUAUCCAGUCCGUCGGUUAGACAGCUUAUCCCAGCAGGCUAUGCGAGGUGAGGCAUCCAUCCAAGUUGAGCAUCCAGCCAUUCGUCACUAUGAUAAGUGGACCCAUGACUCUGUGUCAUCUGUCACACCUCUCAGUAGAGGCUAAGCACCUCCUUGCUUGCUACCACGUCUGAUUAAUCUUAGACUAAGCUGUCAUUUGAGUGAUACCAGCAGGGAAGUAAGUGCUCUCCAACACAACUGGUGGUCUAAGGCCAGCUUUGGUAACAGAUACCUGGCUGGGUGAUGGGGAGUGACAGCAGUAAAACCCCUUGUUGAGAUGGUUUUCCAAAUGGUCGCGACUCGCCACUCACUAUUUUGGCAACUUUUUUAUCAAAGUGUUCCAACUCUAACCUCUCAAUGGCUGGUGUUUGGUCUUACAAGAAAAAUUACUUCCUUUUCUGCUUUGUCUUUGGUGAGUGUUUUGGGCUGAGUUGAGCUGAAGAGAGGAUAAUGCUACCAUGUGUUAAAGUGGCAUACGCAAGCAAGGAACAGGCAGACCCUGAGGUGUCCACUCAGUACGACCUAGAUAAGAUAGCUUUUGUAGUCACAAUUACAGAGCAAAGGCCCGUCAACUGUAUGCACAGCAGGCUGGCUCACAGUCUUAAAGGAUGUCAACUGUCAACCAUAUUUGGAAAAAAUGAAGGCCGACUGUUUGAGCAAAGGUUAGCCAAGGGUUUUCUGCAGGAAUUAUUUAACCGUCCUAGAAUUAUUAAACAAAAUGAGUUACGGUUCAGUUUCUGAUUUGUUUUUAUGACUCCUUGUUCCCACACAUCAUCACAUUCCUAAAUAACAUGUAUCAUAGACAGGACACAGUGAACAGUAGAUAUGUGUUUGUGUGGUGUUUUGUGUGUUUUUCAUGGGUGGAUUUGUCAUUCCACCAUUUACCAUUCUCCAGCAUCAUGUAAACAUUGUCUCCAUGGUGUCAACAGAACAUUAUGUGCCGACAGAGCUAACUGAGCUCCUUUUCACACGGCUUAUAUCAAAGGGCUAAACUCCUAUCUAGGGAGAUCUAUUAAAUAUUUAUAGUAAAAAGCAUACAUAAUUAAAACAUAAUAGGGAAGUUUUAGGUCGUUUUUUGUUUUUGUUUUGAGUAAUAGGUUAGGACUAGUUUUUCCAUGUAGUAUUAAAAUCUAUUCUGAUUUCUUUGGUUUUUAAGGUGAAGGAGUAAAAGUCCCUUGGGCCUUAGUCAACCUCAGUACUCUGACAAGCAUGCCGUUGAUUCCAUUGUAGCUUCAUGGUUUCCCCUAAAAAAUACAUCAUAUCGCCAGAUUGUACCGAGCAGUUUGAAGUGCCUUAUAUAUAACUACAUCAGAAUAAAACAUUGCUCUGAAAUGUUAAUAAUAGUCAUAUUUUUAUUUAAGUAUUGAAAACUGAUGGUGGUUGUGUGACAGCAGUUAUGAAAAGCACAAUGUAUUUAAAAUGUUUUCAGUAUAAUCUUCAGUGGUGAAAAUUCAGAAAUCUUUUAUGGAUGCAACAUGUUACAUUGUUCGCCGUGCUGAGAUGCGGUCUCUUCUCUCACCUCACGUAUCGCCCUGGCAACCACUGGGAUGUUAUGUGUCUGAACAAUCCCACAUCAUCAAUUACCUGACUAAAACAACAGCUCUUUACAAAAACAACUAUUUAAAAAAUUCCACUCAUUAGAAAUACAACUCUUUACUAAUAUACCUCUUUUUCAAAUCACACAUUUUAAGGCUACAACCCUGAAGGCAGGUACAUGGAUAACAUUCUUGAAGUUGUGCAUGAGUACGUGUGUGUGGGAAAGAGAGUAUGUGUGUAUGUGUCCAAAAUACUGUACUCUAUGUAAAGAUGAAUGAGUAUGGCAGUUAUACGUGAUUCUUUAUUAGAUUUUUCUUAUUUUUUUCUUUAUGAGAACAUUUGGUAACAAUUUACAUUACGUGUAACUACUAUGUAACUACUGCAUUUAUUACUACUUAGCUACAUGGUUUUUUAAUGAACACACAAUGUAAAGUGUUACCAAAAAUCUUUGCAUGAAGCUAUCAGAAAGCAUCUCUGAUUGAGAACUAAUUUCACAAGGCACAAGUUGUAGAAAUAUAGACGUUUUCAUUGGUCUUUCCAUGAGUGUCUCAAAAGCAAAUGGCUUCCAAAGACUCAGAGACAAAACAUUCAGUGAAAAGUACAAAUAUAAAAUAGGCAUUCAUUUAGCCAACACACAUAUUACGGACAUUUAUUUUGGUUCACAUUUUAUAAAUAUAUGUGUAUUGAAUGGAUGUACAAAUGUAAUAAUGUAAUAUUAUAGAUUCAGAAAUGUUAAAAAUGUGCAAAUAUUUGUAAGAGGAGUUACAGAUCUAACCAGCACAUAAGUAUGUAGAACUGAAAAAGAGAAGAUGAAAGUAUACUGACGAAAGAAAGAAAGUUUAAAAUCCAAAGUUGGAAGAAAACGAAUUACUUUGAUGUAAGUGAAAAACAAAUGUAUGAUAACAUUUCUUAAGGCAUGGUUUCUGAAGGAGUGGACAACUGCUUUAUGAAACAUUCAGUUAGACAAAACCUUUUUAGAUCUUUCAGUUAUACAGAAGAAUGAUCGGAUUCUAUCCCAUGUAUGGGGACUGUAAGUGGAGAAGAAACUCGAGGAUAUUUUGUUGUGGAUAUAUGACCAAACUACAUCCAUGACAGAAAGACUAUGAAAAGUUCAAAACUGUUCUCAUCAGAAAUAUUUUGCAUCCAUUUAGGGUCAGCUUCUAAAUUAGAGAUGAAGGACGGGGAGCUAGAAACAUACCGUUGGGAUAACCAUGACAACCAGCUGCUGACCAGCUGCUACGGCACACAGCCAUGUUGAAACUUGACAUGUCAUAUAUGGGAGGACGUGUUUUACGGAACAAACAAAACCUGUCAGGAGGGAAUACAUUUGAACUUGUUUUGAAUUUUAAUGUGAAAGCCUCUUUAAAUGGACCUGUCGCAGAAAAAAAACAAACAAGCAUACCCUCCCUUAAUAGCUGUACACUUUGUACAGGGUGUUCAUUUUCAGUUGCAUAAGUAUAUAGAUGCUUAUUGUGUACUUAUUCACUGUGGCUUGUGGCUCCUCAUACAAUAAGUACAUUGUCUGGUAAAGACAAAUUGUUUGCAUUGUAUAUAUCUAUGGUAUACAUAUGUAUUUUGAAUGCAGUACAGUUGAAAUGUACAUACAUGUUUACUAGCUUAUCUGAAUGUUCCCUUUGCUUCCCUACCUUCUCCCUCUUUCUUCCUAUGUGAUGCUAGCCACUCCCUCUAAUGUACAGUAGUAAUGGUAUUGAUUUCCAUUUUUAAACAUUAUUGAUUGACUAUUUGUGAAGGACAAUGAAUCUGAGUGUUACUGUAAUGUCACUGGCCACCUAUGACUCUGUAAAGUUAUAUUCAGUGGAUAUAUUGUGCCAUAACAUUUUGAAACCGAAUUCAAAUAAAAUCUUCAGAAAUGUGUUUGAUU